AUGCGUCUGAGGAGGCACUUGAAAGACACAUAUUGGAACGCGAGGACAAACGAGAAAGUGGCAGAGCUGAAAAAGCAAGCUGGACGGCUGGUUCAGCUGAGGGACCUGACUGCUGAGUGCAAGCGGAGGAAGGCAGCAGCUGCCAAGACUUCCGAGGAUCUGUGUCUGGACGGUACGAAGCUAGCAAUCUCCCCUGCACUCGCUGAGAUGGUGGCCUCCCCUGUGCGGGGCAAGCGUGGGCGGCGGGCAUGGUUUUCGGAAACUCCUACCACGUCCUCCCUGCUCCCCGAAGUUCAGGAGCUCCUGAAGCAGUACCGUGACCUGCAGGCACGGGCUAUCAACCUGACCGCUGCCUUAGACACGUGUUGCAAUCAGAGCAGAAGAGUCAUCAGCAAACUGCGACCCAUUGUAUAUGCAUACAUCAAGCAGAAACAAGCUCCGGACCACUUCAAGUACCUGAGAGCCCCCCCUACACUUCAGUUUGCUAAACCCAUUUCGCCCUGCAAACCUCCAUCAGCUGUCAAAAAAGAUAAACGAAGGCGUUGGUCGGAUAUAGUGAGGAAGAAGAAGAGCCACAGGAGGGUUGUGUGCUCUGUCAAGUGGAAAAGGUCCCAGGUGUCGAUUUUCGACACUCCUUCCUCCAAGGGGUUCCGGCAUCCGGGUGUAGCUUCCAGCAUAAAGCGAAGCACCCGCCACAGCAUUUCACAGUCCCGUAUUCCAACCCACCUGGCUACAUUGCCCCGCCGCCCCCACCUGGCUACAUUACCCCACCGUCCCAGUCAAGUAGGAACAUUGCCUCGCCACUCAACGGUCUCCGCCACCUCCACCCCUGCGCUCACUUGCCGGAAAUCUCUGUACGGACAGCUCCCCACAGGGCCGAAACUGGAAGAGAUUGAAGAUCUGUCACCCCUCUCUGAGGUAAGCUUUGUGACAAGUGGACCAAAAGAGACAGUGUCAACUCCACUGCCAGCCGUAGAGGCCACUCCUCUUUCCUUCAAACGAAAGUCCAUCUGUGACCUCGUCGAGAGAUAUCGGAAGUUGAAGAAGUCAAUGGAGUCCAACAAUUAAUGUUGUGUCGUAUGUGUAUAGUAUGUUGUAUAGCUGUACAGCUGUUGACUUUCUUAAAAAUAAUACAACUUUUCAUGUUUGUUCUUUUAUUUUAUUUUAUUGUAACGUUAGUGCUUUGUAUUGUAAAAUUAAAUAAAGUUUUGUAUUGUU